GCAGAACCUCCUCCAGACGGUUCUGUUAGUGUCUGAGCCGGAUCAGAACUUUUGAUGAUCUCUUUCCUUCCUCAGCUGUUGAAGCCGACCUGUUUGGGUUCGUUCUGCCAGAACCAACGAACAUCUGAACCUUCAGGAGGAGAAACCUGCCAGAGGAGGACCUCCAGAACCCGGGUCAGAGCUGUGAGGCCCCGACCCGACCCGGACCAGAGCCAUGUCCUCUGGCAAGAACAAGAACCAGACCUCCCUGGUCCUCCACAAGGUGAUCAUGGUGGGCAGCGGCGGCGUGGGGAAGUCGGCGCUAACCCUGCAGUUCAUGUACGAUGAGUUCGUGGAGGACUACGAGCCCACCAAGGCCGACAGCUACAGGAAGAAGGUGGUUCUGGACGGCGAGGACGUCCAGAUCGACAUCCUGGACACGGCGGGACAGGAGGACUACGCCGCCAUCAGGGACAACUACUUCCGCAGCGGCGAGGGAUUCCUGCUGGUCUUCUCCAUCACGGAACACGAGUCCUUCACCGCCACCUCAGAACUCAGGGAGCAGAUCCUGCGGGUGAAGGAGGAGGAGACCGUCCCGCUGCUCCUGGUCGGGAACAAGUCGGACCUGGAGGACAAGCGGCAGGUCAGCGUGGACGAGGCGGCGGGCAAAGUCGCCGAGUGGGGCGUCCAGUACGUGGAGACGUCGGCCAAGACCAGAGCCAACGUGGACAAGGUGUUCUUCGACCUCAUGAGGGAAGUCCGUAAGAAGAAGAUGUCUGAGAGCAAAGAUAAGAACGGGCCGAGCGGCGGCAGGAAGAAGAAGAAGUGCUGCGUUCUUUAGACCGCCCACACCUCUGGCUCCGCCCACUGGGAACCUCCCACCUAUUUAUCUCCUCCUCACAUUCCUGUCACUCUGAAACACUCGUCUCUACAUUGGGCUGCCCUGAACUUAUCUACAAUCACACUUCUACCCUCAACUGAACCAAUCUAGAAUCAUGGUUCUACCCUCAGCUGAACCAAUCUGAAAUCAUG